GAACCUUUCUAGAUAAGUUUUGCUUAAAACAUACCGUUCCCUUUAUAGGAAUCUUUCUAGAUAAGUUUUGUUUAAAACAUAUCGUUCCCUUUACAGGAACCUUUAUAGGUAGUUUUGUUUAAAACAUGCCAUACCCUCUAUAGGAAUCUUUCUAGAUAGUUUUGUUUAAAACGUAUCGUUCCCUUUAUAGGAACCUCUAUAGGUAAGUCUUGUUUAAGAUAUCCUGUGUCCUAUCUAAGAGCCUUUCCAGGUGAGUCCUGUUUAAGACGUACCAUAACCUGUCUAGGUAGUCCUGUUUAAGACGUUUCAUAUCUUUUUAGGAGCCUCUCUAGGUGAGUCUUAUUUAAGCCAUAUCAUGCCUUUCUAGGUAGCCUUCUUAAAAUGUUCAUCCAAUCUUUUCUAAGAUAUACCUAGCUCUUUUAUAGAACUCCUUAGUUAGUCUCCUCCAAGACAUUCUUCCAAAGCAUUGUUCAAAGCCUAAGCUUCUUCGCAUCAUCCUCUGAUAUACCCUAUUCAGGAGCCUCUUCAGGUAGUCUUCUAUAAGACAUUACUUUAUAUCUCUUCAGAUACAAUCAAUAUGAUCCUGGUAUGAAGAGCAUAUGCUCUGGACAAGCAUCUUGUCAAACAAAUAAGCAGCAUCUGUAAGCCCAUCUCCCACAAAACUCCUUCCCUACACAAGCAAAUUUCAGGGCAUUUCAGUGUCCAAUCAUCUUCUACCUCUUCAGGUUCAAGAAGAUUGAACAGGGGCAGCUGUCAUACCCCGAAAUUUACCCGAUUACAUCCACGCAGGUUUAAAAUUCAUUUAUUAAGAAUGUACCAAAAUAGGAGCCAUGGGGUUUAAUAUUUCUAUUGUUAAAAUCAUUCUCUUAUAAACUGCAUUGAGUUAAAAUCGGGGUGUAGUUAGCAGGUAUUUUGGGCUCAAAAAAAUUGUUGGCCCAUUUAUCUUAUCAUAAGGUUUUUUUAUUUUUUUUCUUUUUGGAUAUUCUACUACAAUUUGUUUUGCACCAUUUUAUUUAACUUAACUUUCUUAUUAGGAUUAUUAUUAUUAUUAUUAACUAGUACUAUUAAUUUUAAUAUUAUUAUCAGGAUUAUCAUUACUAUUUUUCAAUUAUUGGUAUUAAUAAUAUAAUUAGUUAGUUAAUUAGACAUUAGGCCCAUUGGAUGUGGAAAACCCUAAUUUUAAACAUUAUAAAAGAAGGCCAAAAAUAUUUUCCGGGGGAACCCGGGUUCACAGUCUCACAUUGACAAAAUUCUUAUUCUCUCUCAACACAAUUUCCCACUGUAAAGUCUAUGCCUAAACCAAACACCAUAAAACCAUUGAUUUCUUGUGGCAAAAAGAAUAUGCAACAUGUUCAUUGAAACUCAAUAUCAAAAAUACCGAAGCCGCUCCAAAUCCGGCGUCGUUUGCUCCAACGGACACAACUCAAAGAAUCAACACAAACUCCGAGUACGUGACCUUCUUCUCCGACCAUUGACAUCGCCGGAAUCACGCCCCACUUUCCGUCGUCGAUCCAUCGUUUUGGCACGAGAAAGAAUAGAGAUGGUGAAGCCUAUAUGGGAUGCAGUGGCAGACUUCAAUCCUCAAAUAUUUAUAUUGAUGGGAGAUAACAUUUACGGAGAUAUCAAACGCCCUUUUAAAAUUUUUGGACGAGAGAGGACUAUUGGGCCGUGGAAGAAUGUUCCACGAUUUCUUCCUGCCUCUGAGCAGGAAAUGGAGGCUAAAUAUCAGAAGGCUAAGUCUAAUCCUGGCUAUGCUCGGGUUAAAGAGCGUGCCGAGGUUAUUGGUACAUGGGAUGAUCACGACUACGGAUUAAACGACGCAGGAAAAGAAUUUCAUAAAAAAAAGACAAACCAAAAGUUAUUUCUUGAUUUCUUUGAUGAACCUCAAGAUAGCCCAAGGCGGAAACAGGCCGGUGUCUAUGCCUCGUAUACAUAUGGUCCUAUGGGAAAAGAUGUCAAGGUUGUACUCUUAGAUACCAGAUACCACAGAGAUCCUGUAGGAAGUGAUGGAACCAUUUUGGGGGAUUCACAAUGGUCAUGGUUGGAGAGAGAACUAAAAGGUCCACCAACAGCCAUUACCAUAAUUGGAUCUUCUAUUCAGGUUAUAUCAAAUCUAUCAGCAACUCUUCAACCGUUGGUUGCAAUGGAAUCAUGGGGUCGUUUUCCAAAGGAAAGAGAUCGCCUUUUCAAAUUAAUAGCUGAUAGUAAGCGGGGUGGAGUAUUAUUUAUAAGCGGAGAUGUUCACUUCGGCGAAAUUACAAGAUAUGACUGUGCUUCAGACUAUCCACUAUUUGAUUUAACCUCAAGUGGGCUUACUCAAUCAGUCGAGGAGGUUGUUCCGCGUUUCUUGCGUCCUGUGGUGAGAUUUUUUGCAUGGCUUACACCAUCUACAAUGAGAGUUAAGGGACCAAAUUGCAAAUAUAAAUCCUGUGUAUAUGGCCAGCCAAACUUUGGAACCAUUGAAAUAAAUUGGGACUCUCACCCCGUGAAUGUGAAAUUCGAAAUUCGGGACAAGAAUGGAAUCGCUGUUACAGGUGUCAAUGUUUCGUUAUCGGAAUUACAUCCAUCAAAAUCAGAGACUCUUGACAAAGUAAAAACAGGAGAUAAUCAGAGGCAUUGCACUCUUGAAGCUAGUCUUCCGUGGAUUAAAAGAUAUCGCAUAGCAAUCUUAUUUUAUUUUACGAUAGCUGUGUUGCUUCUUGCAAUAUUCCUAUGUCUUUCUUGUGCCUGUGUCUCGAUUUUUCGACUUGGAGGAUGCAAAAGAAAGCACGAAUGACAUAGUUAGAUGAAUACAGAAUCAGCAAAAGGGAGCGUGUGUAAUAUUUUCCCCUUUAUAGAUUUAACCAUAUUACUGAUUAUUAUAGGUUCAUAAGAGAUAGAGUAUUCUUCUACUGUUUUUCACUAGUUGGUACAGUUAGUGAGUUUGAUUUUGAUUUGAAAUAUUUAUAGAACUUUUAGUAUUACCCUUUGAAGCAGAUUUUUCA